AUGUCCUGUGAGGACGUCACUCAGGACAUGUCUAUUGCUUCCGUGCCCAUGGAUCAGGCCACUACCAUUAGUAUACAACAAUUCUCUUCGUUGCUCGAGUCUAAAUUUGAAAAUUUGGAAAUGAAACUUACCAAAAAUCUAAGCAUCGAAAUUUCGGCAGCAAUGGAUAUGUUGAAGAAAGAGUUAAAUGAUACUACUGACUUAUUGUUUGCUCAAGUAACACAAAUGAAAAAUGAUUUAUGCACAUACCGCGAUCGGAUAAAUAAAUUGGAGUCUGAAAACUCGUCGCUGCAUUCUAAAUUAUCACAACUUAGUAAACAAAAUCUCGACGCUGCCGCCACUUCAUCCAUGCUUAAAACAAUAAAACAACUUCAAUCCGAAUUAAACGAGCGAGAUCAAGUAAGUUUACUCAAUGACGUUGAAGUAUAUGGUAUACCCGAAUUUGAAGGUGAAUCAGCUACGCACAUCGCUAUUACUUUGGCAAAAAAACUGGGAAUAACAUUAGAGGAACGCGAUAUAGUGUGUGCGCGACGCAUCGGCCCUAAGCGCCGGUCAAUUACUACCGGUGUAAGUAAUGAUUCAUCGAGAUUGAUCGUAGAUAAGGAUCGCCCCACUCGUACGCGUCCUAUUACAAUUAGUUUCGCACGGCGUUCACUUCGAGAUGAGCUCCUGAAAAACGCUCGUGUGCGACGAGGUACUUCUACUUCCGACCUAGGUUUACCUAAUCAUGAUGUGAAACGCGUACAUUUACAUGAAAGGCUGACACACAAAAAUCGUGUAAUAUUUGGUAAAGCCCGUGCCCUGGCCAAAACUAAGCAAUGGCGAUUUAUCUGGACCAGGGAUGGAAAAAUAUAUGCCCGUCAAUCUGAUUCUAGUAACGUUUAUGCUAUUCGUUCCGAGGAAGAUAUUGAAAGUGUUUUUACUUUACUCCCUAAUCAUAAUCCAACUGUCUAA